AUGUCGACUCUGGCCGCUGCUCGCUAUGGCAAGGACAAUGUCCGGGUGUACAAGGUGCACCGGGACGAGAAGACCGGCGUGCAGUCCGUGUGUGAGAUGACGGUGUGUGUGCUGCUGGAGGGCGACAUCGAGACCUCUCGUCGCAACCGACUCGAUCAAGAACACCAUCUACAUCACCGCGAAGCAGCAGCCCGUGACCCCCCGGAGCUGUUCGGCUCUAUCCUGGGCACGCACUUCAUCCAGAAGUACAGCCACAUCCACGCGGCGCACGUCCACAUCAAAACCCACCGCUGGGUGCGCAUGCAGGUCGACGGCAAGCCGCACCCGCACUCGUUCAUCAAGGACAGCCCGGAGACGCGCGAUGUGCAGGUCGACGUCGUUGAGGGCAAGGGCAUCAGCAUCAACUCGUCCAUCCAGGGUCUGACCGUGCUCAAGAGCACGGGAUCGCAAUUCUGGGGCUUCGUCCGCGACGAGUACACCACCCUCCCGGAAGUCUGGGACCGCAUUCUCAGCACCGACGUCUCCGCCAAUUGGCAGUGGCGCCAAUUCACUGGUCUCGCGGAGGUCCGCACGCACGCUGACAAGUUCGAUGCUGCAUGGGAGGCGGCCCGCACUAUUACCCUCAAGACCUUUGCUGAGGAUAACUCUGCCAGUGUGCAGGCUACCAUGUACCUGAUGGGCGAGAAGAUCCUGGCUGCUGCUCCGCUGGUUGAUACGGUUGAGUAUGCCCUGCCGAAUAACCACUACUUUGAAGUUAAUCUCAGCUGGCACAAGGGCACCAAGAACACCGGCAAGGACGCCGAGGUGUACGCGCCCCAGUCGAACCCCAACGGCCUCAUCAAGUGCACGGUGGCCCGCUCGGGCGGCAAGCCCAAACUGUAG